UACUUUCUACCCUCGAAUCAAAAACCAUCAAAUUCCCCCGCAGUGAAACAGCUGAUUACUAAUACUACCAGACUGUUAUACAUACAAAUAUAAACACAUACAGUAGAAAGAGGAAAUUCACACAGCCCGAUCUCCAUCACUUUAUAGUAUGCAGAAAACGGCACAGACGUGGUUCACCGGCGGCCCGAGUAGCGAUCUCGACAGAUCCUCUUCUUCACUGCUUGCGGACUGGAACUCUUAUGCUGCUUCCAAGGCUGAGGAUGCCGAGUCAUCCGGCAUCGGAUUCGAUCUCGAAGCAGCCGUUCGUACUGCCAAUGAUAAAGUCUCAGGCACUUUCAACGUGGUUUCAAAAGGUGUUAUGGAUUUGCCAGGGAACUUUAAUUCUGCCACGAGCAAUGUCCCUUCUUCAAAGUCCCUGAUGUACUUUGGGUUGCUUCUCGCUGCUGGUGUCUUCUUUCUCUUUAUUUCAUUCACUAUAUUCCUUCCUGUAAUGGUGCUGUCACCUCAGAAGUUUGCUAUUUGCUUCACUAUUGGAUGUGCCUUUAUCAUUGGUUCAUUCUUUGCACUAAAAGGACCAAAAAAUCAGCUUAGUCAUAUGUUAUCAAAAGAGAGGCUUCCUUUUACGUUGGGAUUUAUCAGUAGCAUGGCGGGUACAAUUUACGUAUCCAUGGUGCUUCACAGUUAUAUUCUUUCUGUUCUCUUCUCUGUGCUACAGGUCCUUGGACUGUUGUACUAUGCGAUCUCCUACUUCCCCGGUGGAUCAGCUGGGAUAAAGUUUCUUUCUUCGACUCUUAUGUCCUCUGUACUCAGAUGUUUUGGAAGGUGACAUGGGGUUUAUUGGUUGUCACAAAAGAAUUUUGUUCUUUGCUAAAUAUAUUAUAACAUUUGGGAUAUGUUAGUUGGAAAAAUAGAGUGGUGCAUGGCUCUCUUGGUUAUCUGUAUGAAUUUUGUUUAGGGGAAUACUUAUUAGACAGACCUAGACGCUAUAAUGACCAUAAUUUGAACUUGCUUUCCCUUUUU